AUGAAUAACAUAGACGAGAUCGAAGACGAGGUCAUGGACAACUCUUUGCCUUCGCGACCUCUGUAUCCAUACGAGGAGGUCCCGGAAGAGAAACCAAUGGGUCUCGCCUGGACAGUUGAUUACGACUCAGACUUCUUUCCUGAUGAUCAAGAUAGUGGGGACGAUGUCUAUGUCUCGCAGUCCUUGUCCCUAUCAGCACAAACAUCAGACGAGAUGCCCCCUUCUGGCACGCAACCCUGCACAUCAUCCAAAUCCGACUCCGACUCCGACUCCUCUCCCAAUGAGAUAGGCAUGAUAGACGAUAUCAUCACCACGCAGCCUCUAGUAGUAUCAGCACAAAUACCAGACGAGAUCCUUCCUCAUAUCACGCAUCCCAUCAAGACGGCGCUCAUCGAGGAGUUCCGCAAUCGAACCAUGGAUGGAAUACUUCGUUCGCUCAGCGGCUCUGUCUGUGAUCUGAUCUUGUCCAACAAUCUUGAUCAGAACGACGUACUUCGAAUUUACCGCGGCCCGAAAUCGAUUGAGAAGGAAAAAGACCCCAUGGCUUUCAGCGCCCCGGAAGACACCCAUGUUGGUCUCGGCCCGACCCUGGAAGAACAGACAUCGAUAAUGAACAUGCUGCUUGUUAGCAAAGAACUUCGGCAUGAGUUCCAGGACUCUUUGUGGGGAGGAAGUUGGUAUCGGUUCAACAAGCCUCAUGUUUUUGAUCAGACGGUCCACAGCCUCACGCUGUACUGUCUUCCAUAUACAAAGCCGGAUGGGACGUUGUCGAACUUUAACCCAAAGAUACUUAGCAAGGUCUGGUUGAGUAUGACCAACAUCGACUAUCUCGACUUUGUUGGCUUUGCGUACGAGGACGGUAGAUUUCGAUUAACGAACAAACGAUACCUCGGCCAGUCGCAUGCACGUGGGUUGGAUCUGCUAUCCAAAAUAGCUACAUUGAAGCACUUGCAUCUCGAAUUCAUGGUUCUGACCCCUGUAGUAGGGGUCAACCAGGAUCCUUUCGUCGGGCAAGCACGUGUCGAAGGGCGGCACCAGGACGGUCAACUAGUCUCGUGCCAACAGAAGUUUGUUGAUAUGGUGCUGACUUUGGGCUAUGAGGUCUUCCAGACUUUUGCCGAAGUUACCAUCUCAGGCCAUGUCAAAAAGUCUAACCACGACACAUGGGAUUUGCGCCUGGGCAAAGGAACGAGGGAGAUGCUCAACUUAGACGACAAAGUCGCCGAAUACCUCGCCCUACGUCCCGAUGAGCUGUAA